GGAAGAGGGUUUUGGUGCUGAUAUGCCCAGAAAGAGAGAAGGGGAACCACGUGUGUAAGAAGCAGUCCCUGGAAGGAGCAGUGAGGGCUGAGAGAGGAAGGCACAGAACUGCUGAGUUGGAGGUCCCUGGACUGGAACCCAGAGUCAGGCUAGGCCUGGAUUCCCUACCAGCUGCAGAGGGAGUGGUGCCAUGGGGCAGUGAGAGGGACUUUGCUACCUUGGAAGGGGGACCACUGAGUGACCUGGCUCCAGGGCUGAGUCAUGAAGACCAUGCUGCAGUUUCUGGAGCGAGAGACGGGCUGCAGGCCAGAGGGAGAGACUGAACAAAAGCGUGUGAACCCUGGAAGACCUCAAGAGCUAAUCCCCAGAGGGAGCAGGAGGAGGCACCAGACCAGUGGUACGUUAAGGAAGGCCGCUUUCGGAUCGAGGAGAGAACGCUGACGGCUUUCCAGUGGCUGUACUCCCCGCACCAGCAUCACAUUGUCAGCCGAGCUGAUCUGGCAUCACCAAGCAGGAUUGACAAAAAAAUGCUCGCCAGUCUGAAGAUCAAGAAACAGGAGCUGUUAAACAACACAGAUGUGACCAUUCCAGACCGGCCUUUAUCCCCUCCGCUCACUGCCCCAGCAACCAUGAAGUCUGCAGAGUUCUUUGAAAUGCUGGAAAAAAUGCAGGCACUAAAACCUGAAGACCAGAGAAUUGGAAGCCAGAAAAAUAAGGAAGAUUACAUUCCAUACCCCAGCAUUGAUGAGAUUUUAGAGAAAGGAAGCCCUUAUCCCAUGAUCAUUCUGCCCCAGUUCGGAGGAUACUGGAUUGAAGAUCCAGAAAAUCUCAGCACGCCCACCUCAUCAGAUAGCAGCAUCUCCGAAGAGGAAGAGGAAAACCUUAGCCCUAGCACGUAUGGGUAUAAAUUAGAGUGCAAAGGUGAAGCCCGGGCAUACAGAAAACACUUCCUAGGGAAGGACCAUUUAAAUUUUUAUUGUACAGCCAGCAGCCUAGGAAAUCUGAUCCUUUCUAUUAAGUGUGAAGAGGCAGAUGGUACUGAAUAUUUAAGGAUUAUACUCAGGUCCAAACUGAAAACAUUACAUGAAAGGAUCCCCCUGGCAGGACUUAGCAAGUUUCCUAGUAUCCCACAGAUUGCAAAGGCUUUCUGUGAUGAUGCCUCUGGACUGAAAUUUAACCCAGUCCUGUACCCCAAGGCAUCCCAGAUGAUAGUGUCUUACGAUGAGCAUGAGGUUAAUAACACAUUUAAAUUUGGUGUGAUAUAUCAAAAGUUUAAACAGACUUUAGAGGAAGAGUUGUUUGGGAAUAAUGAAGAGAGCCCUGCUUUCAAGAACUUCUUGAGUUUGUUAGGGGAAACCAUAACACUCCAGGAUUUCAAAGGUUUCCGAGGGGGUCUGGAUGUAAUGCAUGGUCAGACUGGUACCAAGUCAGUGUACACUGUGUUCAGGGACAGAGAGAUUAUGUUUCAUGUCUCCACAAAGUUGCCUUUUACUGAAGGAGAUACGCAACAGCUCCAGAGAAAGAGACACAUUGGUAACGAUAUAGUGGCAAUUAUAUUUCAAGAAGAAAACACUCCAUUUGUCCCAGACAUGAUUGCUUCAAAUUUCCUGCAUGCAUACAUUGUUGUGCAAGUGGAGAGCCCUGAAACAGACAAUGAAUCCUACAAGGUGUCGGUCACUGCCCGGGAAGAUGUCCCUUCGUUUGGUCCUUCUCUGCCAAGCCCACCAGUAUUUCAAAAAAACACAGAGUUCAGGGAGUUCCUGCUUACCAAACUCAUCAAUGCUGAAAAUGCUUGCUGCAAAUCUGACAAGUUUGCAAAGCUGGAGGACCGGACACGAGCUGCAUUGCUGGACAAUCUCCAUGAUGAGCUCCAUACACACACACAGGCAAUCUUAGGGCUGGGGCCAGAGGAAGAUAAGCUUGAGAAUGGAGGUCAUGGAGGUUUCUUGGAAUCAUUUAAGAGAGCCAUUCGAGUCCGCAGCCAUUCAAUGGAAACCAUGGUGGGGAGUCAGAAGAAACAUCAUAGUGGAGGGAUCCCAGGGAGCCUGAGUGGAGGAAUCACCCACAACAGUGGCGAAAUAACAAAGACCACCUUCUCGCCUCCUGUAGCUGCAGCAACAGCCAAGAACCAGUCAAGGAGUCCUAUUAAGCGACGGUCAGGGUUGUUCCCCCGCCUGCACACUGGAUCAGAAAGUCAAUCAGAAAGCAGGACAAGAUGUGACAGUGUCUCAGGAACACAGAAGACAUCAGACGGGGGACAUUCUUCUCAAGACAUGAAAUCUGAAACCUCAUCUAACCCUAGCUCUCCUGAAAUAUGCCCUAACAAAGAAAGGCCAUUUAUUAAAUUGAAAGAGAAUGGAAGAUCAAACAUCUCCCGCUCUUCAUCAAGUACCAGCAGUUUCGGCAGCACGGCAGGGGAGACCGAAACCUUGGAAGAAUACGACAGCGUGGGCAGCCAUCCAUCCAUAGCCUCGCCUUUCAAACAGGAUGUGUUUGUCUACGGCUCUUCUCCCAGCAACGAGAAUCCAAGCGUGGCAGCUGCUGCUACACCGGUGAUCAUGAGCAGGAGUCCCACAGAUAUAAAGAGCAGAAACUCUCCAAGGUCCAAUCUAAAGUUUCGCUUCGAUAAGCUUAGCCAUGCCAGUUCCAGCACGAGUCACUAGCAGGCAACAGACGACAUGAACUUGUAAAAGUUUAUUUCUGUUAUGACAAAGGGAAAAACUCUUCUCUUCCACCAUCAAACGGGAAACCAUAUUCGCUACACUAAUAGCAACUGCCACGCUGCAUUGUGCGAUCUUCACCUGCUCAGCUGUACCUUGAAGUCAAGAAGAAACUGCCAUCUAGCAGUAAUUUCUGUAGUCUAACAAGAACCCGUCUUUUCAGAGUGGUAAGCAAGUUGCUCGACUCCCAUUUUGUCUGACAAAACCCAUUCUUGCAUUGCAGCAGGAGAUGCAUCUUCUACUUGAAGCAACUUCACCCUCUCGCUCGGUGCUCUGAAAUGUGUUACCCUCGUGUGCGCCUUGUAGCUUUUUGUCUUAAGAUGAGUGUUUGUUCAUCUUGUAGAUCUUUGACUGGAAAAAGACAAUUCAAUAACAAAUCCUGUUUCCCAUAGGCUUUUUCCUGUUGCAACUCUGUGUCUAUCAAUUUGAGCUAGCAUCUGAUUUUCCUUGUCCAGAAAGUAAGCAGGACAGACAUGCUCUGUUGUUUCAGGAUGUCUCUGUGCUUUAUUUUUAGUUGUCUAAUGAAAAACAGCUGGUUGGGUUUUUUUUUUAAGGAUGGGGGGAGCUUGUCAUGAGACAUGCACAAGCUCUUUCAAAUAUAUUUAUUUGACUCUCAGCUUGGACAGGAGGGAUUUCCUCCUCCUCACUUUGCUCUGAUCCAUUAAGGGAUUUUGGAGAAAAUCAAGGGAAAAAUCAGUAGAUCUCUGACUUCUGAGAAGCACUGUGGUCUAGUGGAUGUGGCCCUGGGUUUUAUUCCUGUUCCCUUCCUCCUUGUUGGGGUAGGAACUGUCUCAUAUGAUGGGUUUGUUCAGUGCCAAGCAUAAUGCGACCUCCAGGCACUCCCACUCUAGAAAUAAUAUCAAUGGAGGCUCCACCAUUUUACAGUAGAGAAUUUGGCCCUCACUCUUGAGGAGGACAUAUGGUCUGGAGAAUAUCCACUUGUCUGGAAUCUACCUCCAGCAAGCAAAUUACAAGCUGUUAAUAAACUGACUUCUGUUGUUUGUUUGUGUAAACUUGCUUGGCAGGACUGGGUAACCCACCUACUCAGAGGAAGUUCAUCCUUUUGCUGUGUAAUGGAUUAUUCACAUACUGUGGGGAGCAGCUGUGCAAUGGCAAAACAGGGCUGGGAAGAUGGGAAAAAAACCCCAUCCUGUGAAUAGUGUGUGAUAAAUGAGCAAACGCCACUCUCUCGUAAUCACACAACUCUCCAUAAUUCUACAUCACCCUGGGGUAUGGCUUAUUUCUGCAAACAGGGCUUGUACUUGAGCAAGGUUCUCCUUUGCUUGGGCAGCAGUGGAGUGGUUUGUAUUUUUAUGGGUGCCAUGAUAGUACACAAGAGCCUGAAGAAUGACCAACACAAUGCUCUUGGGAGACAUCACCAGAGAUUCUGCGCCUCACCCAAUUAGCGAAGGAAGUUUGCCAUUAGACAAAAACAUUGGAGAAUGUUUUUUAAGCUGUAUAAAUAUACCACAGAUUUAUGGUAUUGUGAGAAAAGAGUCAGGCCCCCCUUAUUUUUUCUUCCACUUUAUGCUUCAUGGCAAGUGAUUUCACUUCCCCUUCAUAGGUCAACUCAUCAGUGUCAGUAGUACACGGCAUUGUUAAGGAACAGCACCUAGGUCACCUGCCACCUUUCAAGACUCAGUUGCCAGAGAGAAACUGCCCAGGACCUGAGGGUUCCCACAGAACCAAAUGUAGAAGUUUAAUCAAACAUCCGGGGUCUGAAUGUACAUCCAUUGCCCUGCACCUUUUACUCCAGUGCAAUGAAAGGGCAAAAUGGAAUUAUGGUGGUUGGCUACUUUGCACUGUGUGCCUAAGGCAGGGGAGAGUCAGAGCCCGGCUAAUUUAAUGGGUUCCUGUAGUACUAUUGGAGAUGUUUAAUUAAACAAAGAUGGCACUUUCAUUUUUAUCAGCACCUGAACUGCAGUGCUUUAUAUAAUUUAAACACCUUUUCCCCUGCCCCAGUCAGAGUGACUGACUUAAGUUACAACGGGGCAGUGGUGAUUCUGACUAAGUAGAUCUCAAAAGCACCCACUGAAUUUUAUGGGCCAGAUCUUCAGCUGGGGUCAGCAGGUGAUGCUCCAGUGACCUCAAUGGAGCUAUGCUGACUUGCACCGUAUGAGAAUUAGACCCCAUAUAUCAAAUUUUAGUUUCACGUGAAAGACUUUUCAGUACCUGACUUGUUCCUCCAGGAAAUGGGGGCAAAGAGUUGCUAAAGCUUCUUUUAUGGGAAAAUAAUUUACUAUGGAAAUACCGGUGGAGCUAAUUGCACUUUGUGGUCCUUUCCCCCUCCUGUGCAUGACAGCUUGUACAUCAGUUCUGGUGGUGGGUACAAGUAACUACUUUGAUUUUGAUAUCAGGAACUCUAAAUACCUCUAUCAAUUUCCAUAAAAUGUUGCCAGCUUCCUUUUUUUUCUUCUUAUGGAGGGCCCAUCCAAAGCCCACUCAAGUCACAGGGAUCUUUCCAUGAAAGGGCUUGGGAAAAUUCUACAAUGUUUUUCCUUAAAUUAAUCCAAUUGAUUUGCUAACACUGCCUCAUUAAAUGAGGGGUUUCACUUGCAGUUGAAAAGAAAAUUUUCGUACUUUGAAUUUCAAAUGUAUGCCCUAACCUCUGGCACCAAAGAGGCUCUGAAGUGUCCCAAAUGGGUCUCUGGUGUCUAAUUUGUGGAUAUUAAGUGCAGAAUUGGGCACCCUAAUAUAAGCACCCCCACCAAUCAUAAUGUGACAGAGGAAAGUUUAAAAUACAUGUGAGCAUAACAAAACAAGGUACUGUAUUUCCAAGCAGCCCACAGCAGGGGGAGUGCUUCCCACAGGCAAAUCCUCCCUGGUACACUUCAGUAUAGUUUGAUUAAAGUCAAAGGAACUAUACUGGCUCUACAGCCUUGAAGGAUCUAACCCCAUGCUGGCAAAGUGCUAUGGUAACUUGGACACAAGCUUGCCUGGCCUUUGGUGGAGGCAAACAUACAGUAUGAAGAACCAAAUGUUCAUUUUCGGUCAGUAGCACACUGCAUAUUGGUUUAUUAAAACAGAUACUUAUAGUUGUACAGAUGCUGACACAUAGUUACAAGUUCUUAUAUGGCAAACUACAACAGCAGAGGAAGUAAAGGGCAAUAGACACAUUUUAUCGAUUAUUUUCUCUGAGAAUAGAAAGUUUUUCUUUAAAAAGUACAGCUCCCUGCAGAAUGAAAUACUAGUAACAACUAACCAAAAUUCAGAAUAUUUUCCGCUUUAAUUUCUCUGAAUAGAAUUUAAAUAAGGAAAAAGCACCGUCUCAAGUCCUGUUUUUCAGCAAUAUAGGUACAGCUGUCUCAGGUUCAAAACAUUUUAAAAGCUCAUAUUUAUGUGCCAGGGCAGCAACUUUUACAUAUUUUCGUCACUCUUUCACUUAGAUAUUGUUUGAUCAAUUUCCUUAAGCCAUAUACCAAAAUGUCACCUGGUAGCUUUUUUUUUUUUACUUUUGCUUUGAGGUUUUUUUUGGUAUUUCAGCGGGCUGCUUUGAUUCUACAGAAGUCAUCUUUAGCUUAAGUGCUGAUCUCUGUAAAAUCUUUCAGCAUGAGACAUGUCAUCUUGGGGUAUUUCAUUAGAGACGGUGACUUUCAGUAAAAGUUGUUUGAAUGCGAUUCAAAGCAAUGCAGAUGGGCAAGUUUGAAAAUAUGUGAGAGAAAUACAGUGCAGUGGACUCAUCUUCACAAUACCACUCCCACAGAAUUUCAGAGGAGAUGGAGACUUAAGGUCUUCAGGUAAAGUUUUCAAAAGUACCCAAACAUGUCAGGAGUUUAAGCUUGAUGAGUCUUAGAUACUUUUUAUCCCCCUCUCCACUUGUAAUCAUUAAAGAUCCUGUGGAGCAUUUUACAAGAGUAGGGGUUUUAAUGCUGCUGUCCUAGCCCCAUUCCUGUAGAAUCUUUGUCUACUUACAUUCCUUUGAAGUUUUAAGGGGGGACAGUAUUCUUCUUUACACCUAGGAGGCAUCUACACCAGUAUAUAUUGCAGAGUGCUUUGGGAUGACAAGAACUACAUUAGAGGAAACCCUCAGUCGUUCUAGUCAAUACACUAAAUUCUAAGACAGUGCACUUUUCCAGUGUGAGUGAAAAAUGGGGAUUUAGAAAGCAGAAACUUUUGUCAUUCGUCACAUGGUUCACAAAAAAUAGAUUUCUCUAUGGGACAGUGUUCUAGGAUCUGUCUUACCUUCUUGCACUGAUUUUACUGUAUUAACAUGGGUAUGAUGGAAGUGCAAACACUGUAUAUUUAUUUAAGACAUUCCGGGCCAGAUCCUCAGCUGGUGUAAAACAGCAUAACUCCACUGACUUCAAUGAAGGCCUGGUCUUCCAGUUGGGGAUCAUUUUAUGCUUUAACUUUUCCAUCACUUAUUUGAGCCCUCAGGGGAAGAAGUUCUCUAAUCUAGAGCACAUCCUGCACUUGUUACCUGCCUGGGCCUCUAGACAGAGAAGAGGGGGAUUUUCAAAAGCUCCUAAGGGAGUUAGCAGCAGGAGUCAAAUUGAAAGUCUAUGGGGCUUGUGCUCCUAAAUUGCUGAGCCUCUGAAAACCCCAUCCUAAAUAAAUCAUAUGCAAUCAAUCCCACAUUGCAGACAGGAAAUCUCAAGUGCUGAAUGGAAUGGAGAAUUUUGUCCUGCCUUUCAAUAUGCUGCUGUUUCAAUAGCAGAAAGGGGAUUGGUUUGCAGCUGUGUAUGCAAACUUACAUGUACGUAAGUGCUUUCCUGCAUAAGUCUCACUGAACUCCACAGCAAGCGGAGCCCUUAAAGUGCUUUGUUGAACAGGGAUGUACUUAAGCAAAUAUUUAACUGCUUUUCUGAACUAGGGCUUUGGUUAAUGUAGAGAUGAAGGGCCAAACAGCGAGCUGGUGUAAAUGGACACAUUAACACCAGCUGAGGAUCUGUGAAAGAUUUUUCAGCGAUCUUUGGGCCUGAUUGUGAGAGGCACAUACAACUGCCAUUGAAGUCAAUGGACAUUGUGGGGGCUCAGCACUCUGAUUCAUGGGGCUUACAUUCAAAAUUCUGUUUCAUUUUUAAAUAGUUAAAGGUUUCUUUUUUUUUUUCCAAAUCUUAAAGCAUGCUUUCAUUUUUUUUUUGUCAUGAAUGUAGUACUGUAUAAAAUCCUGCAAAGGGUUUUCUAAACAUUAGAAUGUGACGAGAGGUAACAGUGUAGAAAAAAAAUUCUUAAUGAAAUGUAUCUGACAAAAAAAUUAUUUUUUUGUAGAGAGGUGAUGCUUUGUAGAGUUUCUGGUUACCUAUGUUUGUGUAAAUAAUGUACAUUUAAUUUAUUGCUAUGGUAGCAUAUUGUAUUUGUUAUGUAUAAAAACUAAUUCUAAAGGUUCAAAAAUGUAUAUUUUGUUGCUUAAUCGUGUCUUUGCAAAGUUCACAAUAAAUAACAUAUUUUGUGCCUGUAA